AAUGUCGAUACAGAUAAUGCAGAACAUCAAAUUUCAUCCGAUAAUACUGAAAUUUCCGAGACCGGCGGUCCCGGAAAAAUCUCAUCUGAAAUAAUUGAGGAAGUCCCACGAAAUGAGGAAUCUAUUGAAUCUGAAUCUUUACCAGAAACCGAGACCAAGAUAAGUAUAUCUACUGAAUUUCACGUUUCCUAUUUAUCUAAAGCUGAG